GAGAAGAAGAAGAGCUGCGCUCCUAGCUGUUGUUUUAAAAGAUUUUCUACGUUUUCAAAGCAUCCCGAGAUCAUUCACGAAUGAAAACAUGCAUUCGAAGCAGCAGGAAGAUCAGAAACCUGUAAAGAUAGAGUUUACUGAAGAGUGCAGAGAGAACACGAGUGAUCCAGAACCUUUCAGAGUGAAGCAUGAAGAAACUGAAGAGUGCAGAGAGAACACGAGUGAUCCAGAACCCUUCAGAGUGAAGCAUGAAGAAACUGAAGAAGAAAGAGAGGUGAUCAAAGAAAAGGAGGAGAAUGAAGAAUUGACCUGUCCUCAGUGUGAAAAGAGUUUGACAUGCAAAUAUAGUCUUGAUGUUCACAUGAGACUUCAUACCGGAGAGCAACCAUUUAAGUAUUCACUUUGUGACCAGAGAUUCAGUCUUUCUGGACAUCUGAAAAUACACGAGAGGAUCCACACUGGAGACAAACCGUUCACUUGUGAUCAAUGCGGGAAGAGUUUUAGAGAAUCAACAAACCUUAACGAUCACAUAAACGACCACACAGAAGAGAAACCGCAUGCAUGUGAUCAAUGCGGCAAAAUAUUUAAGUGGGUUUCAGUCCUGAAGAAGCACCUGAAUGUUCAUACAAAGGAGAAGCAACAUUCAUGCCAUUUGUGUGGAAAGAGUUUUUCAUGUCUAAAUACUUUGAAAGUGCAUGAGAAAAUGCAUACUGGUGUGAAAGAGUACAUGUGCUUUGAGUGUGAAAAGACUUUUACUACAGCAAACAAUUUGAAAAUGCAUGAGAGGAUUCACACUGGAGAGAAACCGUACACUUGUGAUCAGUGUGGGAGGAGUUUCACACAAUCAUCAAGCCUUAAGGUACACAUGAACAUCCACAUGGGAGAGAAACCGCACACAUGUGAACAGUGCGGAAAGCUUUCAGACAAAAAGGAAACCUUAAGACACAUAUGAGAGUUCAUACAGGAGAGAAACUGGUCAUUUGUGAGCAGUGCGGGAAGAGUUUUGCAAACUCAGCUAGACUUAAGGAUCACAUGAGAGUCCACACCGGAGAGAAACCUUAUACAUGUGAUCAGUGCGGCAAAACAUUUAUGUGGGCUUCAGUUCUGAAGAAUCACCUGAGAGUUCAUACACAGGAGAAACCACAUUCAUGUCAUUUGUGUAGAAAGAGUUUUUCAUGUCUAAAUACUUUGAAAGUGCAUGAGAAAAUGCAUACUGGUGUGGAAGAGUACAUGUGCUUUGAGUGUGAAAAGACUUUUACUACAGCAAACAAUUUGAAAAUGCAUGAGAGGAUUCACACUGGAGAGAAACCGUACACUUGUGAUCAGUGUGGGAGGAGUUUCACACAAUCAUCAAGCCUUAAGGUACACAUGAACAUCCACACUGGAGAAAAACCGCACACAUGUGAGCAGUGCGGAAAGCCUUUCAGACAAAAAGGAAACCUUAAGACACAUAUGAGAGUUCAUACAGGAGAGAAACUGGACUUUUGUGAUCAGUGCGGAAAGAGUUUUGCAAACUCAGCUAGACUUAAGGAUCACAUGAGAGUCCACACCGGAGAGAAACCUUAUACAUGUGAUCAGUGCGGCAAAACAUUUAUGUGGGCUUCAGUUCUGAAGAAUCACCUGAGAGUUCAUACACAGGAGAAACCACAUUCAUGUCAUUUGUGUGAAAAGAGUUUUUCACAGCUCCAAAAUUUAAAAGUACAUCAGAAACUUCAUACUGGUGUGAGAGAGUACAUGUGCUUUGAGUGUGAAAAGACUUUUACUACAGCGACCAGUUUAAAACUGCAUGAGAGGAUUCACACUGGAGAGAAACCUUACAAGUGUUCACACUGUGAAAAGAGAUUCAGUCGGUUAGGAGACCUGAAAUCACAUGAGAUGAUUCACACUGGAGAGAAACCUUACAAGUGUUCACACUGUGACCAGAGAUUCAGUAUUUCAAGAGACCUGAAAAGACACGAGAGAAUUCACACUGGAGAGAAACCUUAUCACUGCACUGAAUGUGGGAAGCGUUUCAAUCAAUCAUCCUCUCUACACAAACAUACAAAAAACAUUCACAGUAAGUAGAUCAUCUUCAAGCGAAAGGACAAAGAAUCAUUAUCCCAAUGGAUACAUUUAAUCUUUUUCAAAACCAGCAGAUUCAACUGUGAGAUUCAGAUUAACUCAAAUAUAGUGAAGUCAAGGAACCGUGAAUUUUUUUUUAUUAUUAUUGUGCUUUCUCAUGAAUUUCAUAUUAUGCUUAAUUGUCUUAUCAUGAACAUGUGUCACUUGAAGUUUGUUUACUCUUACAUAAAGGGAAAGUAGAAGCUUUUUACGAACCGUUCUUCCGCUUGAUAUGUGUUUAGGAAACGGAGAUGCAAAAUAUACUGUCAUGUAGCAUUCUAAUUGAUCCACAUUUGCUUCUUUUGGAUGAAUAUUUGUACCCUGGUAUUAAACAAGCCCUAAUAAAUUACAAAAGACUGUAUCGAUCAGCUCUAAUGUUAACUUUUCUGCUUUUGGUGCUGGGUAAAUUAACCCUUCAACUGGUGAGUUUAAAAUAUUCUAGCGGUCCCCCCAGAGCGCUUUUUUGUUUUUCCUUUUAAUUAAAAAAAUUUAUAAACUUGCUCAACAUAACAUCAACCAUCUGAUAUUCUGAUUCGCAAGUUUUAUGUGAAACAUGUGUUUUGUCAUUUAAAAACCAUUCUAAAUGAUCUUGAUCUCAAUCUGUAACGUGAGAUGGGUGCUGCAAUGUUUGUUCACGCUGCAGUUCAGAGUCUUGUCAGUUGGGUUUAAUGCACGUUAAAUUCAUAAAUUUCUCCUGAAAUACAAGUAACUUUAUAGUCACUUACACUAUGUGUAUCUGAUAUUAAUAAAACACUUUGCAAAUUAUA